AUGGAUCAGCUGUUCUUAAUGGCAAUGGGGCUAUUGCCCGUGCUAGCCUUCAUCGUCCUUAUGUUCAUGCCCAAGCCCAAGAGCAAGAUCACCUGCGUUGGUGCCAUGCAGCUCCCUCCGGGCAACCUGCCGGAGAUGAUGCUCAACAAGCCAGCAUUCCGAUGGAUCCACUCGAUGAUGAAGGACAUGGGCACCGACAUCGCCUGCAUCCGCCUCGGUAACGUCCUCGUGGUCCCGAUCACCUGCCCAAAGAUCGCCAGCGAGGUACUCAAGAAGCAGGAUGCCAACUUCGCCUCCCGCCCGCUCACCUUUGCCUCGUCGACCUUUAGCGGCGGGUACAAGAACGCCGUGCUGUCCCCCAUGGGCGACCAGUGGAGGAAGAUGCGUCGCGUGCUCACCUCGAAAAUCAUCUGCCCCUCCCGGCACCAGUGGCUCCACGACCAGCGUGCCCAAGAGGCCGACAACCUCACAAGCUACGUCUACACGCUCGCCACCGCGCCGUCCUCGGCCGUCGAUGUGAGGCAUGUGGCGAGGCAUUACUGUGGUAAUGUCAUCCGGCGGCUCGUAUUUGGCAGGCGCUACUUCGGCCAGCCUCGUCAGGAUGGCGGCCCGGGUGCAAUGGAGGUGGAGCACAUGGACGCUGUGUUCACGUCGCUAGGGCUCCUCUACACGUUCUGCGUCUCCGACUACCUACCAUGGCUGCGCGGCCUCGGCCUCGACCUCGACGGACACAAGAAGAUUGUGAUGGAGGCCAAUGCGACGGUCAACCGGCUGCACGACACGGUCAUUGACGAGAGGUGGCGGCAAUGGAAGUCCGGCCAGAUGGAGGAGCUCGAGGAUUUCCUCGAUGUACUCAUCACGCUCAAGGACGCAGAGGGGAACCCUCUUCUCACCAUCGAGGAGGUGAAAGCACAGUCGCUGGUACGUACGUAAACACAUAACGCAUGCAUGCAUGCAACACCGAGGGCACGCCACCAGAAAAACAUCCAGGGGCCAAAAAGCAAAAUAAAGAAAAACCGAUGUCAACAUCAAACGUGUCUAUGAAGGUCCAAGAUGCAAAAAAAGUAUACUUAUUUUCAUUAAUCUGUUGCAUGGGAUGCUGGUGCAGGACA